CAGCGGCGUCCGGUCCGGCCCGGCCCAGACAGUAGAUUUAGGAGACUGCGGCUGGUCCGGGACCCAUCUGGAGGCGCGCAGCGCGCGAGCCAGUAGCAGAGCCAUGGCGGGCGGGGAAGACAGCGGUGACGGGGAGCCGGUAUCAGUGGUAACUGUGCGGGUGCAGUACCUAGAGGACAGCGACCCUUUCGCAUGUGCCAACUUCCCGGAGCCGCGCCGGGCCCCCACCUGCAGCCUGGACGGGGCUCUGCCCCUGGGCGCACAGAUACCCGCGCUGCACCGCCUGCUGGGGGCGCCGCUCAAGCUAGAGGACUGUGCCCUGCAAGUGUCUCCCUCUGGAUACUAUCUGGACCCCGAGCUAUCCCUGGAAGAGCAGCGGGAGAUGCUGGAGGGCUUCUAUGAAGAGAUCAGCAAAGGGCGGAAGCCUACGUUGAUCCUGCGGACCCAGCUCUCCGUGAGGGUCAAUGCCAUCUUAGAAAAGUUGUAUGGCUCCAGUGGCCCUGAGCUCCGCCGCUCCCUCUUUUCACUAAAGCAGAUCUUCCAGGAGGACAAGGACCUGGUGCCUGAAUUUGUGCACUCAGAGGGCCUAAGUUGCCUGAUCCGUGUGGGUGCUGCUGCUGACCACAACUACCAGAGCUACAUCCUCAGAGCACUAGGCCAGCUGAUGCUUUUUGUGGACGGGAUGCUGGGGGUGGUGGCCCACAGUGAGACUGUGCAGUGGCUGUACACAUUGUGUGCCAGCCUGUCCCGCUUGGUGGUGAAGACAACCCUGAAGCUGCUGCUGGUGUUUGUGGAAUACUCUGAGAGCAACGCACCGCUGUUCAUCUAUGCAGUCAACUCUGUGGCCAGUAACACCGGUGCUCUUCCAUGGGCCAAUCUGGUAUCCAUCCUGGAGGAGAAGAAUGGCACAGACCCUGAGUUAUUAGUGUACACAGUCACUCUCAUCAACAAGACGCUGGCAGCGCUCCCAGACCAGGACUCCUUCUAUGACGUGACUGAUGCACUGGAGCAGCAGGGCAUGGAGGCACUGGUCCAGCGCCACUUGGGCACUGCGGGCACUGAUGUUGACCUGCGAGCGCAGCUUGUGCUCUAUGAGAGUGCCCUGCGGUUGGAGGAUGGAGACAUCGAGGAAGCCGCCACAGGUGGUCGGAGGGAGCGCAGAAAGCCUUCUUCAGAGGAGGGCAAGAGGAGCCGCCGAUCUCUAGAAAGCGGGGGCUACCCAGUGCACGCCACGGAGGCUGGGUAAGAAUGUGCCCCAGCAGAUGGAGAGGGAUGGAUGGCCCAAGAGUAGCCCUGUCUCCUGACAGACCCCGCCUCCAGCCCCACAGGCCCCGCCCCACCAACAGGCCCUGCCUCCAGCCCUGUGGGCCCUGCCUCUGGCUUCCAUACCUCGGUGAACCUCUUCCCUACCAUCUCUGUGGCACCCUCAGUCGACAGCUCCUCCGAGAGGAGCAUCUACAAACUUCACCAAACUGCUCCUGUUUGGGCCCCUGAGAGCCCACCUGUCCCCCCGUCCCCUACUGGGCAGGCCAGGCUAGAAGCCCGGUUCCUAGAGAAUGUGGCAGCAGCAGAAACAGAGAAGCAGGCUGCGCUGGCCCAGGGCCGGGCAGAGACAUUGGCUGAGGCCAUGCCCGAUGAGGCUGAUGGGCAUCCAAACACCCGGGAACUAUGGGGAUCCCCUGAACCAGUCCCUGCACCCAGAACACCCCAGAGCCCUACCCCCCGAGUCCUGCUCCGGGCCCAACGGAGCCUUGAGCCAGAGCCCAAGGAGCCACUGGCCCCACCGAGCCCCAAGGCUGAGCCCACCCAGGAACUCCCUACCCGUGUCACCAAGCUCUGCAUUGGGGACCUGGACUUCUCAGAUCUGGGGGAGGAUGAAGACCAGGACAUGCUGAACAUGGAGUCUGUGGAAGCCACAAAAGGGGUCCCACCCCCACCCCCACUGCCCCUGCUCUCUGGAGGUCCCCCACCUCCUCCUCCCCUACCUCCCCCACCGAUCAAAGGCCCUUUCCCACCACCUCCACCCCCAGCUGCCCCUCUUCCCACCAUAGCGCCUGAUGGCCAAGCCCUCCCCACCAAGAGGAAGACAGUAAAACUCUUCUGGCGGGAGCUAAAGCUAGCUGGGAGCCAUGGAGGCUCUGGGAGCCGCUUUGGGUCCAGCUCCACCCUGUGGGCCUCACUGGAGCCUGUCUUGGUGGACACAGCCCGGCUGGAACACCUGUUCGAGUCCCGUGCCAAGGAUGUGCUGCCUUCCAAGAAAGCUGGUGAGGGCCGCCGGACAAUGACCACAGUGCUGGACCCCAAGCGCAGCAACGCUAUCAACAUUGGCCUAACCACACUGCCACCUGUGCAUGUCAUUAAGGCUGCCUUGCUCAACUUUGAUGAGUUUGCUGUCAGCAAGGAUGGCAUUGAGAAGCUACUGACCAUGAUGCCCACGGAGGAGGAGCGGCAGAAGAUUGAGGAGGCCCAGCUGGCCAAUCCUGACAUACCUCUGGGCCCAGCUGAGAAUUUCCUGAUGACUCUUGCCUCCAUCGGGGGCCUGGCUGCCCGCCUACAACUCUGGGCCUUCAAACUGGACUAUGACAGCAUGGAGCGGGAAAUUGCAGAGCCACUGUUUGACCUGAAAGUGGGCAUGGAACAGCUGGUACAAAAUGCCACCUUCCGCUGCAUCUUGGCCACCCUGCUGGCUGUGGGCAACUUCCUCAAUGGCUCCCAGAGCAGUGGCUUUGAGCUAAGCUACCUGGAGAAGGUGUCAGAGGUGAAGGACACAGUACGCCGGCAGUCACUGCUGCACCAUCUCUGCUCCUUGGUGCUCCAGACCCGGCCUGAUUCUUCCGACCUCUACUCAGAAAUCCCUGCUCUGACCCGCUGUGCCAAGGUGGACUUUGAGCAGCUGACUGAGAACCUGGGGCAGCUGGAGCGCCGGAGCCGGGCAGCUGAGGAGAGUCUGCGGAGCUUGGCUAAGCAUGAGCUGGCCCCAGCCCUGCGUGCACGCCUCACUCACUUCCUGGCCCAGUGUGCCCGCCGCGUUACCAUGCUGAGGGUAGUGCACCGCCGUGUCUGCAACAGGUUCCAUGCCUUCCUGCUAUACCUGGGGUACACAGCACAGGCAGCCCGUGAAGUACGCAUCAUGCAGUUCUGCCACAUCCUGCGGGAGUUUGCACUGGAGUACCGGACUUGCCGGGAACGGGUGCUGCAGCAGCAGCAGAAGCGGGCCACAUACCGUGAGCGCAACAAGACGCGGGGACGCAUGAUCACUGAGACAGAGAAGUUCUCAGGUGUGGCUGGGGAAGCCCCCAGCAACCCAUCUGUUCCAGUGGCUGUGGGUAGUGGGCCAGGCCAGGGUGAUGCAGAUAAUCACGCCAGCAUGAAGAGUCUGCUGACCAGCAAGCCGGAGGACACCACGCAUGGCCGCCGCAGCAGAGGCCUGGUCCAGAGCAGCUCCCCAGUCAUGCCCACAGCAGUGGGGCCCUCCACUUCAACCCCAGAAGAAGCCCCAGGUUCCAGUUUACCCAGUGACACUUCAGAUGAAAUCAUGGACCUACUCGUGCAGUCAGUGACCAAGAGCAGUCCUCGUGCCUUAGCUGCUCGGGAACGCAAGCGUUCCCGUGGCAACCGCAAAUCUUUGAGACGGACCUUGAAGAGCGGGCUCGGAGAAGACCUGGUGCAGGCACUAGGACUGAGCAAGGGUCCUGGCCUGGAGGUAUGAAGGUGCUGCCUCCAGGAUACCUAUCUGGGCCCCAGCCUGCAUGCAAGAGACUGUAGAGUGAGGAGGGACCACAGCAGAAUUCUGGGCAUCUUCUCAACUCUGGGGUCACACUGUGCCCAGUGGCCAGUGCCUUGAACAGUAUUAGCUGUGUGUGCAUGUGAGUGUGUGUGUGUCUGUAUGUGCAUGUAUGAGCUCCCUGAACACAUGGAGCAUAAUAAAGUUUUCUUAGCCAA